AUGGUGUUUCCUGUCCUCUUGGUCAUCAUCAAGGCGCUCUUUGCGUCUUUUAUUAUCGUUGCGCUUCUGGCUGGAGAUGGUGUGGGCGCGGAGGAUGUGCUGUUGAGCAAACGGGUCGGAGCAUCAACGCUCGGGAAACGAGGCCUGGAUCAAGAUGGGAACUACAAUAUCUCAUUCUUCCAUAUCAACGAUGUACACGCGCAUCUCGACGAGUUCAGCACCUCGGGCACCGACUGCACUCAUCCAGAGCGUGGCUGCUACGGGGGUGCGGCACGCAUCAAGCACACGCUCGACACGUUGCGCCCGCAGCACGCUGACAGCCUCUUCCUCAACGCCGGCGACGAGUUCCAGGGCACGCUCUUCUACACGUACUACGGCGGCGAGAAGAUUGCGGCGACGCUGAACCAGCUCGGCGUCGACGCGAUGACGUUGGGUAACCAUGAGUUUGACGGCGGCGACAGUGCGCUGGGAGCGUUUCUGGCGAAUCUGACGUUCCCGAUUGUGUCGGCGAAUGUGCGGUCCACGCACCCGGUGCUGAACGCGACGAUCCGGCCGUACGUGGUGUUUGAGGAGAAGAAGCUGGCGGUGAUUGGCGUGACGACUGCGACGACGCCUAGCAUCUCGAAGCCUGGAAAUGGCACUGUGUUUCUGGACGUCGUGAAGACGGUGCAGGAUACGGUCGAUCAUAUCCGUGCCACGACGGGUGUGGUGCGCAUCGCGGCCCUGACGCAUAUUGGAUAUGAAGAGGACAAGCGGCUGGCCGAGGCGACGACAGGGCUAUUCCUGAUCAUGGGCGGCCACAGCCAUACACCCCUGGGCGACUUCGAAGGCGCAAAGGGCCCGUACCCGACCAUCGCGCACAACAAAGACGGCGACGAGGUCUUUAUCGUCACGGCGUACCGCUGGGGCGAGUAUCUGGGCUACAUCGACGUGACAUACGCCCCAGACGGCAAGAUCCUCGCCUACCACGGCGCGCCCAUCCACCUCACCAACCAAACCCAGCAAGACGACUCCCUCAAGGCACAAGUCAAGCAAUGGCGCGGCCCCUUCGAGAAGUUCGCCGCCGAGGUCGUCGGCCAGUCCUCCGUCACGCUCGAGCAGGCAAACUGCAAGACCGCAGAAUGCACCCUCGGCGAUGUCAUGUGCGACGCCAUGCUCGCAUACCGCCGCAACGAAUCGUCCGAUUCCAGCGUGAAUUUCGCACUCAUCAACGCCGGCGGUGUCCGCGCGCCCAUCGACCAGGGGCCCAUCACGCGCGGCGAAAUCCUCACUGCGUUUCCCUUUGGCAACGCCAUCGUCGACCUGAAGCUGCGCGGCAACGCCCUCUGGGAUACCCUUGAGGGCAUCGUGUCCGGCACAAACACCGCCAAUGGCGCGCCUGUGACAAGCUUCUUCCAGGUCAGCGCCGGGAUCGUGGUUGAGUAUAACCCGGGCAACGAGCCUGGGAAGCGACUGGUGCGUGUUACGAUUGGUGGGAAGCCGUUGGAUAAGAGCGCUGAGUAUACGCUUGUCACGCUGGAUUUCUUGGCUGGUGGUGAGUCCGUACAAAUCAUCGCACCCCUUAAUAUACUAACCAUACGUCUUUAUUUCCCAGGCGGCGAUAACAUCUUCACACCUACUACCAACCUCGUCGUGCUCGACACGCAAGACGUCGUCCUCACGAACUACGUCCAAGCUCACUCGCCCAUCAACAUCGAGAUUGAGGGCCGUAUCCGUGUUGUUAAUGGCAGCGGGACGCCGAUGGACAGUGUAGCCGUACCGUCGCCGUCUGCUAUGCCUUCCCCCGAGAGUGCUGCGUCGUCGGUGUUGGAGGUGGGGAGAUUGCUGCUGCUGUUGGGUGUGAUGCUGGUGGUCGGGGUCUUGGGGGUUGCAUGA